AUGAUGCUCCGCUUUUCCGAAAUAUUUAGCCUGAGUUUACUGUUCGUUUUAUCGGCUUGUUCAAAUUGGGACGACACGGGCGAAGAUGUGAAGGAAGUUAAAAUUGGUGUUUUGCUGCCAAUGACUGGUUACUGGCCGAUUGGUAAAACAUCUGCGUCUGCUAUUACCAUCGCAGUGGACAAAAUUAACAAUGAUCCGACACUUCUACUCGGCUACAACAUGACUUUCUUGUGGAAUGAUUCUAUGUGUUUGGCAGCAGAAGGACUUAACCAAGCCGUCGAAUUCAGAAUCUCUGGCGUGGACGCCAUUAUUGGUGACGGUUGCGACAUUAUUUGCGAGCCUGCCGCGAUUUUAGCAGCGUCCUGGAAUCUGCCUAUGAUUUCUUGGGGCUGUGAAUCGAGCAAGCUAUCCGAAAAAAGUAUUUACCAGACGUUUGCCAGAACGGUCGGCUCGUUCUCCAAAAUGGGGGAUCUCUUUAUGUCCGUGCUUGGCUACUUUCGUUGGAAGAGUAUCGGUAUUAUUGCAUCAACAGAGAGCAUCUGGCAGUUAGCUAUGUCUGGUCUGAUGAAAGUGUUUUUGGAGAACGACAUAGAAAUUCGCUACCUUCACACACUCAAUCCAGGGCAUGUGCUGGUUACGGAACGGGAGGAGUAUAAAAGUAUGCUGGCCCUAGCGAAAGAGACGGCACGCAGUAAGCGAUACAACUAGAUAAUGCUUUAGACGUUUCGAUUAAUUUCAUGGAGUCUUAAUAAUUUACAUCACUUUCAGUCAAAUUAAUCGUCUUCUCCCAAACAAUUCUUUAGAGUGGUUAGGGCAAAAGAUUGAUUGAGAUGACAAAAAAUGGGCAGGGGAGGGAGGAAAAGCAAGAAUAACGAGGAUAAAAAGAUAAACUUUUAUAAAUUAAUCAUUAGAAAAUGAAGAAAACAAUCUCUCACGUUUUAGUUGUAGGAAAACUUAAAUGAUUUACAGUGACUCGCAUUUUACACUUAUUCACACGAUGUGUGGUCAUUUCCCUGUAGUCUUUGUGAUGCUUUGUUACGGAGGAGACAUGCGCGCUUUGAUGUUGGUCGCUCACGACUUGGGCAUGCUCAAUGGGGACUACGCGUUUCUAACUGUCAAUCUACUUCCGUCUGCCGCUAUUGGAAAUAACACGUUCAUGGGAAACGACGGCAGAGACGCAGAGGCUGCGCUGGCGUUUAGAGGAAUCUUGAGUAUUUACGUCAGGGAACCAACCACAGAACUCUGGAGGUCAUUCAAGGAAGAUGUGAAAGACAAGAUGAAUGCUCCGCCAUUUCAGAUUCAGUUAGACGCCAGUGAACAGGUAAUUCAUUACCGUUCAACCACACCGAGCUGUACCUACAUCAAACACCAUCCUAUUCCCUCUAAUACGAGUUUUGGACAAUCGAACGACUAUGACUCUUCCUAUUGGACAGGGUUACAGGGUUGGCCAAAGCCUCUGUUUUAAAGCGAGGCUAAGUGCAAUGUCAAUGAUAUGAAAAUGAAUUUUUAUUUUCAUGUAAAUAAGACUCAUUUUCACCCCGAAAGGCUUUGAAUCUGGCCUCGUUUUGAAAGUGAGAGUCUUAGAGCUUGGAAAUGUCCUAUUGCCUUUUUAAGAUUGCGCGGCUAGACUGGGUCGGUGUUCAGUCAAAAUGCACUAUGGGACUUUUGGAUCCAGUUUCCUUUGUAAUCUCGUAAUAGACAAAAAAAAGAGGCGGUAGCUUCUUCAAAAUAUUCCCAUAAUGCAGUUCGACACAGUGAAGAUCCAGUCUCCUCACACAAAAUGGCCAAUGACUAUUGAUGGAGACAUGAUACACAGAUAAACACGUGAUCAAAUUUUCGCGCCAUUUUCCAUGUUUGCCGUUUUUCCGCUGUUGUUUUAUCAUUUUGGCUCGUACUCAAUAUGACACUGUUUCGCGUCAUAUUGCGAAUGAAAGAAUUUCAAAUAACAGAAAACAGACUGUCUGCUAACACUGUUAAAGCGAAAGCAAAAGGCGCGAUGAUUACUACAGAUGACAAACAGCCGCAGUUAUUUGCUGCAGUGUUUUUUGACCACUCCAUUGCUCUUAAAAGGGUUUUCUGUUUCCUUUGCAGGUUGAAGUGUACGCUGGAGCUAUAUAUGAUGCAAUUUACCUGUAUGCCAUCGCGCUCAAUGAAACUCUGGCCGCUGGCGGAAGCAAAAAGGAUGGAAGGGCAAUAGUACAGAGAAUGCUUAACAAAGAAUUUGACGGUUUGUUUCAAUAUAACAUUUCACAAAGUCACGGAUUCAGGGUACAAGAAUUCCCAUGAUUUCUGGGAUGUCUUGAUGGAUCAAUGGUAUCCAUAGGCAACCAUUAACCAAUCAUGACUCAUACUGGAUGCCCAAACAAUCCCAUUCGUCUUAGCUGCAAAUGCUGGGGUUAAAUCUCUUCUAAUGUUCUGAAGGUUAUAUGUCUUAUAUCAAUUGGAUUACAGCAUUCUGGGGUAUUUUUAGUUGCAGUAAUUUAAUUGGUUAUUCAUCGUAUGAAGACUGACACUGAUACUGGAAAUCAUUAAAUAUACUUGUAAUCCUAUUGUCCGUUCAAGCAAGUCACUCUUGUUAGCGCGACAACACCCUCGUAUCUGGCGUCCUCGUUCCCCUUCACCAGCGGUCGGGAAACGAGCGUUUCGUCAAGCCAGCAUGAGCAGUAUGGGGCGAAACCUCGAGGUACGAGAUUGGAGAUUGGCGUGACAAUCGCAGACCGGAAAAUUAUUAAAAUGAAUUGCAUGGAAAAAGACAGGCAUCCUAAGUACAUAGCGUGACAUCUGACGUUUCAAAAGCAUUUAACAAUAUAUUGUUAUCUCAUAACGAAUAAUUUAAAAACAGUGGUUUCUGUUUUCCGAGGAAAUUUUCAUGAAGGUCAUGUUCCCAACUAAAUGUCAAGGCUAAGAUUUUCCGUUGGUUAUUAUUAUGUUAAAGGUGCUUCGGGCAGAGUGCGGAUUGACGAAUCAGGUGACCGGGACCCAGAUUACUCUCUUAAAUACUACCUGAAUGGAAGCUUUCAAAACAUUGCUGACUAUAAUCAUUCUACUGGUGGCUUUAAUCUGAGAGGUGAACAAUCUUUGUGUUGUAGCUUUUGUUAACUUUCAACAAAGUCUCCUUCGUCUAAUUUAAUAUGACGAAGGACGAAGGUCGACCUCUCGCGACUUCGUAGCGCGCUCGGCCGUUCCACGACCUAAAAUACUCGCUCCGCUCCCUUUGAAACUCGUGAGGUCGACUUGUGGCAAGUCUAGCUUUUGCGGAAUUUCCCCAAUGUAAGGUUUUUAGCACUUUACCUCGCCUAUUAAGGGCAUAACUAUUGGUGCAUACGUUGUUAAACAGGUGUAACUGAGGCAAAGAAACAUGCAAGCUACAAAACUACAUUAAAAUACCUUUGGUUUCAAGACCCAGUGGUCCAAAUACCUGGCAAAUAAAAAAAAAAAUGCGUUAGAGUAAUUUUAAUUAACGCAUGAAAUACAACUUACUAUUAUGCACUAAUUCCAUUUUCUUCUUUUGUUUAGCUGUUGCUAUUAUUCACUAGUUGUUAGAAUCUGUUUCACGGGCAGUCAAGUAAAAUCACUCUAAUAGGAAAGUGCUAAGUUUUCAGAUGAUCUAAAUAGCAGUGAUCAAUAGUAAUAAUAAUAAUGAUAAUGAUGAUGAUAACGAUAAUAAUAAUAUUAAAAUAAUUUUUGUAAAAGUAAAAUAAUGGUGGCGCAUGGUUUCAGAAUAAAUGCUAUUAUUACUUGACAGAUGUAACAGUUAUCUGGGCAGGAGGACGUACCGAGCCACCUUUGGACAAACCUAGGUGCGGAUGGGAGAACGAACUGUGCUUAGAACAAGAAAGACAAGGUAAGUUUUUGGGAAAAAUGUACAAGGAAAAGUUGUCUUUAUUUUCUGUUUCUUGGGGUGCGUUCUGUGUAUAUCUGUAGAGAGUGGGACUACGGCGGUUCGACAACGUAUUACCCUUAAAUAUAGUUUUCACUGAAGCAGUGGUCAAGCGUCUGACGCGUUUUGAUUUGAUUUGAAGUCAACUUUAAAUACUUAAAAACAAACAGCAACUUGCAAUAAAAAAAAAAAAACUCUAUUGAUUUGCCAAGUAUGUCUUUUUGCGCUUCGUGUUUGCUUUAAACUCGAACUGUUAAAUUUCCCUUAUUGGUUUUUCUUUAGCUACUCAACAGUUGGUGAAUGUGGUGAUUGGAGCGUCCACUGCUGGUGUGGUAGUGUUAGCCUUCAUGUUCUUCCUUAUAAUCAGGUAACAUAGCCUGAAAUUCAUCCGAUUGCUUCGAGUCGUUUUCUCCUCUGAGGGAGUAAUGACUCGAAGUAAUCGGAUAAAAUUCAGGCUACAGGUAACAUGUCUUUCACUAAAAAAAUCAAAGGACUUUUUUAAGGUCGUUCGGUCGAUUUCGUUUAGUAUCGUUUCAUAACCGCCUGAGCGAGAAAAUUAAUCCUACUUUUAAAUGAUAAAUUCUUGGCAAUCUGUCUGUGUUAAGUGGUUAGUUUAUUGAGUUAUUUGCUGACCAGUCAGUAACGUUUGUAUUUGGCCAAAUUUCGUAACACAGCCCCUUUAAGCGCCAGUUGCAAGAUAUCUCUACCUGUACUUUAUAAAAAAUUAAACAAAUUACUACGGAAAUCCUCUCGUGAAUAUUGUUUCUCAUAAUUCACUUACUAUGCACUGCCAAGUGCCAAGUUCUAAACCACAAUAAGAGGCCUCGGACUCGCAAAUCUAAAGUCCCAUUCAAAAUGUCUGACUCGUGGGCCCGAGAAAUUGUCGAAACUUUUCAGGAAACAGGUAGCAGGGACAAAAAUUUGGAUGAUAGAAUCAAGCGUUUUCCCCGUUAGCAGGCUCUGCGUUCGUGGAGAAUGCAUCUAUUUUCCUCCAGCCUUCGGAGAUCUCACUUUAAGGACAAAUUAGGUGAUAAUUAAUCUGUGAGACGUCUCUGAAAGGAAAAACUGAGAAAAUAGCUAGUUAAAAGAUAGAUCAAAUGUUCAUUUUGUAGGAAACUUCGUUACGAGACUGAUCUGGCGCAGAACAAGUCCUGGAAACUUCGUUAUGAAGACUUACACAUUGAGGAGCGUGGAUCAGAUGAAAUACAAACAAAGGGAAUGACCACAUUCAAACGAGAAAAAACCAUGGUAAGGCAUUUGUACUCAGUCUUGAUCAGUAACAGUAACUAAUAUUUACUUAGUCGUUUUCCUCAUGUAUUUUUUCGCUUUUCUUUAUUCAUUUUAUUCCAUGUAAAUUGCUGCUCAUCUGUUUGCGCAAUUAAUAAAGACCUUUAUUAUUAUUAUUAUUAUUGAUGUUCAAAGCACUUUCACCUAGUUUUUUCCUCAGCAUUACGGUGCAAUCUCUGUUUCCGGUCGAUACUCCUCAGGCACGUUUUAAGGCAUGGGUCACCUCAUAAUUUGCAUAAUUUGGCGAAGUGGCAUUUGAAACGGAUUGUUUUGAUCAGUCGUCAUAAAACUUGGCAAACAGUUUUAGCUCGGUAGCCUUAACAAUAUGGGACAUAUUCAUCGUUCAAAUAUUAGUCACGUGACCUGCAAAAGAUCGUUAACGUUCAAAGUGUUUAAAUUGAAACGGGGGAAAGGAAAUGAAAGAGCAGCAAAUAUUCUUAGGCACCAGAGUUUUUCCCAUGGCCUGGGUAUUUAACAAUUAUUCCUUGAGCCCGAAUGGGAUCUGAGUCAAUAGCCCAUGAGGCCGAAGGCCGAAUGGACUAUUGACUCAGAGGCCAUGAGGGCGAGAGGAAUAAUUGUUUUAGUAAAAUCCAACUAGUUGGUCAAAAAUAUCGAGAAUAAAAAAAUUUUAGCUAGCGAAAGCUAGACUUUAGUCCUUUUUUGCCGCCAAAAAGCGCGCGCUAUUCGCUACUAGUAGGUUAUAACAUAUAGCCUAGUAGUAGCUCAACCAAUCAGAACGCAGCAUUGAUAAUAGACAACUAGUUGGAUUUUACUAAUAUGAAAUAGUCCAGCAUGUAUGCCUAAGUGGAGCAAGGAUUACGAGAUAAAAAAAAAACAGGUCAGGUGACUUAUAAAAGACUUAAAUAACUCUUAAUAAAAAUGCUUUAAUCCACCUUAGUAGUAUACUAUGUUGAAACUUAACCCCGUUGGUGCCUUCCCUUCCGUAUGCCUUCCCUUAAUUGAUAUGCAUAAGCCUAUGACGUCACCUCGGAAAGAAGUGUCUUCCUGCAUACUAAUUUGGAUUAGGUUUACUAAUGAGCGUCACUCUACUACAAUAGGAACAAUAGGCUUGCCUAGACUUGCCCGGGCUCUUUUAACCCUGAUUGGAUAGUAAACAAUCUAUUAUGUGUUCAACAUAAAAGCGCGCUCUCCGUUCAGCAUUUUAUUAUUGUUACAAACUCCAAUAAAUAAUAUUUUUGAGCGGAUAGCUUCCAAACAUACUAGUCAACGGUCCGAAAACAGUACUCGACUUAAAACUAUUCACUGUGACCAAAGAUAAAUAUUUUUAUUCUACAAGACCAUUGAUUCUGUUUUGUCAAUAUAAUUCAACCUUCAAACGUUUCUAGACUGUGGUAUCGAGCGUUAAUCAUUAACAGGUUGGCCUUUCAUCGCAAACUAAUUUAAUAAACACUGAGCCAACAUGAACGCUUGUCGCAUAAAUUAUCCACGGGAAUCAACUCAAGUAUAUAUAAACAAUGGUGGGAUUAAUACGCGCGUGCUACAACCAGACUACACCUUUGUUUCGGUUAAAAAAUACAUUUAUUGAUAACAAAACCAUCAACGUGUUACAACAAUAGAUGAAUAGACAGAGUUCCGGCUUAGUCUUCGGGAACAGUUUGUUUGACAAACAAUCGAUUGAGUAAGAAUUUCCGCUUAUCGAUGGCAAGUUCUGUCGAUUCCAGCCAGUCAUAUCCUUCCGUGUCUUUGAGAUCUUGGCGGGUUUCCAUCACUUUUCGGAAUGUCGGAUCUUUCUUCAUUGCAUGCAUCCACUGUAAAAGCUCUAAGAACACUUUUCUCAAUUCCUUUCUAUAUACUGGAAGCAAAGCAUUUUCAGCUUUAAUUCGGGCCACUUCAGGCGAGUCUCCGUUUUGUUCAUACUCGUUGAUCAGAGCUUCGAGCUGGGCUUCGUGGCGAUUACAAACUUCAUUUUGAAUGCGUGACCAAGGAUCUACAUGCUCCUCCUCCUCCUCUCCGGAAGAGUCCAUUUCUUCGCUAGAUUGAGAACUUUGAGAUGAUUGUUCGCUUUCUUGUGAGCUUUCAAUAUCGUCGUCAUCAUCUUCAAAAUUUCCAUAUCCUUUUUGAACGAAAUGAUUAUAAUUGCUGAACAUUGUGAUCCGAACUGCACGAGGUUUAAGAACUGACUGAAUCAGAAACAGCGGCUUACUUCUUUUAUAGCUAUCGAUGGAGGCACGGCUGCAAAGCACAACGGAACUCUAUGAACUUUCAUUGUACCCCUCCUGUACCCCUACUGUACCCUUCUGUACCCUUCCUGUACCCCUACUGUACCCCUCCUGUACCCCUCCUGUACCCCUACUGUACCCCUCUGUACCCUUCCUGUACCCCUACUGUACCCCUCCUGUACCCUUCCUGUACCCCUCCUGUACCCCUCCUGUACCCCUCCUGUACCCCUCCUGUACCCCUACUGUACCCUUCCUGUACCCCUACUGUACCCCUCCUGUACCCCUCCUGUACCCCUACUGUACCCUUUCUGUACCCCUACUGUACCCCUCCUGUACCCCUCCUGUACCCCUACUGUACCAAAACAAAAAUGAGGAGGAGGAGCAGGAGGAGGAGGAGGAGGGAAAACAAUAAAAAUGAGGAGGAGGAGGAGGAGGGAAUUCAAUUGAAAUGUGGUGGCGGUGGUGGUGGUGGUGGGAAAACAAUAGAAAUGUGGCGGUGGUGGUAUAUAGCUUCACUAUUUACGAAGCAGUGUUAAAAAAAAGUUGAGUGUAGGGUCGAUGUGGGGUCGAUGUAGGGUCGAUGUAGGGUCGAUGUGGGGUCGAUGUGGGGUCGAUGUAGGUUCGCUAGGAGGUCGAUGUAUUUGUGGAUGGAAAAAUAUAUAGAAUAAAUGAGGAGGUGGAGGUGGAGGUGGAGGAGGGGAAUAAAAAAACAUUGAGGAGGGAAAAUAAUAAAAAUUGUGGAGGAGGGAAUAAAAACAUUGAGGAGGGAAAAUAAUAAAAUUGUGGAGAAGGGAAAAAGAAAAAAUUGAGGAGGGAAAUAAAAUUGAAAAGGGAGAGGGGUAAGUAAAACAUGACUUGCUUUCUUUGACUGUUUUAAUAGAUUUCUUUCAAAUCGCUGUGUAUUUGACUCUUUUUGUUUUAAACGGUAUCUCGUGUCAGAUUUUAUUGCUAGCAAUUAUUAGUCGCGUGUUUUAAUUGAUCCUUGUUAAGUUAUUUGUUUAUAAUAAUACGUCAAGGUGCUCCCUUGGGUCUUUCCUGUAGAGCAAAUUUGUAUUCAACUUUGGGCUCGUGAACUCGCAUAAUUAACUGACUAACAGUGCGUGAAAUUACAAGACUUUAAUAGUUUUUCAUUUCCUCGAGAUAGAACGGAGAAAACGUCAGACAAAAUUGAAAUAGAGUUUUCAGUUCUACUUUGUGAGUUUUAGAGCUCUAUAAGAAGACAUAAACUAAACGGAAAUAAAGACUUUUCAACUCCACUUUGUGCACAUGUGUUUUGUUUAUAUAUCUGAGUUUUAGCGCUAAAUAAGAUAUAGGAAGCCGUUUCUCGCGUUGCUAGGUGAUCGCUUCUCUUAUUCCUAUUUUCCUUUUAAUAGACUGUCCGAAAACCGAGCUCAAGUUACUUCACGGGCAAGUCUAGGCAAGCCUAUUGUUCCUAUUGUAGUAGAGUGACGCUCAUUAGUAAACCUAAUCCAAAUUAGUAUGCAGGAAGACACUUCUUUCCGAGGCUUAAGCAUAUCAAUUAAGGGAAGGCAUACGGAAGGCAAGGGAAGGCACCAAAACGGUUAAGUUUCAACAUAGUAUACUACUCACCUUGCAAGGAUAAUUGACAAUUCAGACAGUUUCGCUGACAAUUUGAUGACAAGUAUUUUUAGGCUGAAGUUUAAUGUUUUAUUCCUAAAGGGUCUGAAUUGGGUACAACAUUGAGCUAGCCGAAUAGGUCUAUUGCGUUGAUAUCAGGGGUGGGUUUAGUGAGAGUUUUAGCAGUCGAGGGUGGGGAAGGAGGUUUGGAGGCUGAGCUAUUACUUUUAAACUCCACUUUCCGGGUCUAAAGGCCCCAUCUUACCUCCUCCAUGUUAUUUCUCGACUCAAUGUUACUGACGUUUAGCAAUGUUUUUUUCUGUUUGUCUUUUUGGGUAUAUAACUGAGAAGGUAGGCUGAUAGUAAGGUGGUCCAAGGCGAUAAGGGAUCUUGAUCACGUGACCUCUGGGACCGUUUGGGAAUCAGAUUAGGGAGCUUCAGCAGCCAUGACGACAACGGCAACGAGAACUUCUAAAAUCAAUUAGUUUUAUGAGCAAAACCACAGUUCUGCACGUGCAUCACGCUUUUUAGAACAUUCCUUUGAAUGCUUGACUGUUCGACUACGACGUGAAACCUCCCAAUGCGACGUUUUAUGGAUGACAUAAAUACACGACGAUAAGUUUUCCUUUCUCUUUUUGAACCUGGAUAAAGUCCUUAAGAAUUCAACUCCAGGAAACAUCGGUUACAUUUGACAAAUUGACCGGGUCCAAAUAGACGCGACAACGGUUUGAAAGAAAGCAAAAUCAUUUUUAGCGAUGCUUUUACUAGACUGCUAGCAGUCUCUCUUUUUCUUCCGGUUUAGUAAGGGGAGUGCACGCGCGCGCGAGCGGCGAAGCCGCGAGACGCGCGAAACGAGGGCGGCAAUCUGGGUGCCUCUCCCAUCUCGCGCCAUCAGUCUCGCGCGUGGCCAUUUGCGUGUCUCGCGUUUUGCUCGACGGACUACAGAAAAAAGAGAGACUGCUCGUAGUCUAUGUUUUUACCGUCGUCGUCGUUUCUUAAGCUUCCUAUUUAUCACACAAAUGCGUCAAAUUUUUCAGAACAGUAAAAUGACAAAACUAUUGCGGUGCAGUUUUCAACUUGGAUAACCGACUAGCUGUAACUAUUUCAGCAGGAUGAAAGCAACGAACAGCUAAACCGAGGAGGAUCCGUAAAACUCAAACCUUUCGCAAGCCCUCCAAGCAACGAGAGUAGCGCCAGCACAUCCGGGGGACACAUUGAACAAAUUUUCACAACCAUCGGAAACUACCAAGUAAGAAAUAUAGCUACACUGAUGCUGAGCUUAAGCGCGAAUGCUUGUAUUUACCUUGAGUGUGGUAUGACAAAGAAUCAAGCAAGCGGAACCAAGAGAAGUCCAGCUGAAUUGGGAGUCCUAGAUUCUCUGUUCUCAGCUAUCUGUUACUAGUAAAAUCCAACUAGUGGUCUAUUAUCAAUGCUGCGUUCUGAUUGGUUGAGCUACUACUAGGCUAUAUGUUAGAGCCCACUAGUAGCGAAAAGCGCGGGCUUUUUGGCGGCAAAAAGGGAUUAAAGUCUAGCUUUAACUAGCUAUUUUUUUUUAUUCUCGAUAUUUUUGACCAACUAGUUGGAUUUUACUAAAACAAUUAUUCCUCCCGCCCUCAUGGUCUCUGAGUCAAUAGCCUAUUCGGCCUUCUGCCUCAUGGGCUACUGACUCAGAGCCCAUUCGGGCUCGAGGAAUAAUUCGCCUCUUUAGAAACAAGAAAUCUGGAGCGGAAAUGCGUCCCGCAAUUGUUGAUGGGAUCGCUCUGGGGACGCGCCAAUCAGCUAUUAGCCAAUUUUUUCCCCGUCCCUAGUGACAGUCUCAGAAAACUUUGCGAAAGCUAACUCGGGCCACCUUAUCGUUUCGAAAGUGGCGAAAAAGUUAAGUUAUUUAAUUCUAAAUGCUACAGUAACUAAAAAUAACGGUCACAGCGUCACACAAGACAGGUAUUGUUAUGGGAGUGCUAUGGCCUCUUAGAAUUAACCUGGGAUCAGGCUCCAUUUUCGUUUCGCUUUGUAAAUAACAUUCCGGCGGGCAUGGCGAAACGAAAAGAGAGGCCCAAUUUUAGCGGUGGCCGUUAGAGAGAAUGUAUGAGAACCGUUCAAAUUGGGCCUGAUCUCAAGUUACUUAGAAUAGACAAAAUAGGUGGUGAAAUAGCGUAUCUUAGUAUGUGUCUAUGAAGUUCCAAGACAUUUCUCCUGCUCAUCAGUCCGAAAAAAAGCAGCUUAAUCGUAAGAAAACAACAGUGUAUCAAAGGAAAGUUAAACCAUCUCAGUCAGCUGAUAGUACGUUAGAAUGUUGACCACCUAACACUAUUGAAACAAUCCAGAUUCUCUGUAUUUACUUUUUGAGUUACGAAAAUUCAGUGCUAAUAAUAUCACCACAUUAAAGAUCAGAUAGUGUUCACUGUACUUAGCGUGUUAGAAGUCAUGAACAUGUAUGCCUCGCGUAACCCAGUUUUGGCUUACGUCUCCUCGAUCCUACUAUGUACUUCUAGGGUCGAACUGUGGCCAUCAAAAGACUGAACAAGAGAAGUGUUCAUCUCACUAGAGAAGUUCUUAUUCAACUCAAACAGGUGAUAUCAACUUUUCUUACUUUCUACUUUUAUUGCAUGAGCGUGUUAUUAAUUAUUUGAAUUUUCACAAGCCAGAGAAAAACAGACUAAACAUAUGCGAAAAUGAACCUACGUUGCAUCGGUAUUCAUCUCACGAUGACACAGUCUUUCUUCAAGCAAAAAUUUAAGAUUACUUUUUAAUGUUGUUUUCAUCUAAGUGGUGAAAUAAUUAGCUAUAGUUUUGGUUUUGGAUAGUUUUGGAUUGGAUUUUCAUUUGAUUGAAAACUGCUUUAUUUUGCUCAGUUAUUCGGGUAUCUGAGAUUUCUUUCUCAAUUACAGGUGCGAGACAUCACACAUGAAAACCUAAACCCGUUUAUCGGAGCCUGCAUCGAGUCACCCAACAUCAUGUUGGUUUGGUCGUACUGCAAAAAAGGAAGUUUGCAGGUAACGUGUUUCAUUUCUUCCCUUCGAUUUUAUUUCAAUCGCCUAGAUCCUUCCACGGUUUUUUGAUUGGAACCAGUCAGCGAAAAUCCGUUAACACAACAGGAGAGAACGCCUUAAGAGUAGCAAAGUUGCCAAGAUUGAAAGUGAUUUGUUGAAAACUAACGAAGAUAUAGCUUUGCAUAGUCGCGGAAGUUUAGAGACGUUUGUUUGGUGGUGCAAAGGGUAGGUGCAAAGUCUUUAGGGUGUGAAAUUGGUUGGUUUUUCUUAUUCAAAUAAAAUUGAUUUUCACAUGAAAGAUUUUGCUCUUGGCCUCAUUUCCAAAGCGAGGGUUUUUGAAACUGAGAAAUGGCUGCCCCGUACCCAGACGUCUCUCUCUCGAUGCGCGCAAAGGAAGGCGGGAAGGAGAAAACGGGCUUCGCCUCUCGUUUUUCACCUUUCAUUGAACCGCUGCGCUUCGUCACCAGUCAAUCGCGUGUCACUCGCGUUUCGCGCUCUCCUUCUCUGUGCGAAAAACGAAGCACCUGAGGAGGAGGUUGGAGAAAUAACCUGUUUGGUUAUAGCCUAAGAAAACAGCUGACAUUUUGCAACUCUACUGGUGGUUUCCCCGCGAAACGACGUCCGAAAAAUUAGCGCAGAAAUUCCAUACUGAAAACGCGUCACUACCCAGAUCUGGGUAGCUCUUCUGAUUAAUUAGAAAUUUGCUUUAACCAAUCAGAAGUACUACUGUACUGUAUUCUAACAAUCAGUUUUUCUUCAUUAGGAUGUCCUGGCAAACGAUGAAUACAAAAUCGAUUAUGGAUUCAAACUGUCAAUGGCAAUUGACAUAGCUGCGGUAAUCAAAGUUAAUUAAUAACUCUUACCACAAUGAAGCAUGGCUACAUGGCAUCUACGAUCAGCAGGUGGUUUUAUACCUGAAAGUAAAAAGUGUUUAGCUAUCUUCUCUUGGCGGUGAAUCACCUUGAGCGUUAUAAAAAUAAUUGGCAGCUUUGUUUAUGCUCUCGAUCAUAAUUUCUGUAAUUUGGGAAGUAAGGGGACCCUCUCUGAGUCAAGGGCUUACCCGUACCCUAAAGUAUCCAUGGAAAAAAAACCUGUUAGAUGUUAGAUGUUAGCACACAAUUUUUCAAAACUUAUUCGAUAGAAGUGCUCGAUGUACCUUGCGCUGUUGGUAAUAGUCUUCAAUAAAAUUUAGAAAACUAUUAACCCCGUCAAGUUUUCGUUGGUCUCCACCAACAGAUCGUCUAAUCGCUUUAUAUAAACCAAUGUGAGAUGUCAGACUUACCCAUACAUAUUUUACAGAGAAUGCAACGUUAUCGUUCAAUUUUGCAGUGAUCUGUCCAUAAGUUAAUUAAGAGCAGUUAAAAUCCAAAAUGUUGUUUCAGGGUAACUAUUAGCACACAUGAAAUUAAUAUAAAAUAGUAUCAAGUAUCAAAAGGCACAUGAAAUGAAAAUCCCACUUUUCAACCGAUGUACGUGUUUCAAGUUAUGACUGAAAUAUUUCUUUUUCAUUCUAGGGAAUGAAGUACCUUCACAACACUGCUGUCAGAUUCCAUGGAAACCUGACGUCAUCUCGGUGUGUGAUUGACAGUCACUGGGUUGUGAAGAUCACCGACUGGGGUUUGCACGCCUUCAAGGCUGGACAGGAAAAAGUCAAUGUAAAUCCAAAGAAGGUUUAUACAGGUACAUUUUCAAGAAAAAAAGACGUUAAGGUGACUCCUUCUGAAUCAAAAGAGUGGGAACAAUUUUGCUUUUGUUCACCUACAUUUGACCACUUUUAGAGAGUUCCUUUACGAUUAGAACGUUGCUUGACCUGUUACUGGAACGUAUCAUGACAGCAAAGGUAGAGGUAGAAGACAGCUUGUGUACAGCCCCUUCCCCUCCCCUUUGGAAGAAAUAGGGAAAUUGACCUCUCUACCGGUGAUUUUUUUCCUGAGGGGAGGGGAAGGCUGUAUAUAGGCUAACGCAGAAGAAACUAAUGCGUAAAGACUGCAAAGCUUGUAGGGAUGGAAAGUAUUGGCUUCAUUCAUGUGCACAAGUUGGACUCCCUUGCCAAAAUGUUUUGGAACUACCCUUUCACUAGAGAGGUAACAAUCAGAACUUGACAACCCAUAUUGUUAUAUUCCUAGAAUUUCACUCAACUAAACAGGGACUGCCAUUGGUUGAUUCUUGGUCAUGUGGCCUUGACUGAAAUCAAAUGUAUCCCGAUCGUGAUACAUUAUACACUUAAUGUCAGAUCCCAAGGGAAACAGUUAGUUUUGUUUUCCCGAGAGUCCUGAUGUUUCCCGAGACGAAGUCGAGGGAAACAUCAGGACUCGAGGGAAAACAAAACUAACUGGUUUCCCGAGGGAUCUGACAUUAAGUGUUUUGUUAUAUUUCUAGAACUUUCACUUCAACAGCAACAAAAGAAUAACCGGAGCGAACGAAAACGAACCAAAACAGUCGACUCGGUACUUAUAACAACACAAAUUUAUUUCUCAAAACCACUGAAUGAAUGAUUUACAAACAAAAGUACUUUCCUUAUAUCAUCUGCAUCUUUUUCCUCCACUAGCUGCUGCUUUUCUUCUGGGAUCUUCUGGGAUAACUUUAAAAAUCGUUGCUUUUUAGCUUGAGGCUUCGUGAUUGUGUUGUUGUGUUCAUUCACGAAAAAGAAAACCGGCAUGACCUGGCGGUGUUUUUCCCGCCUUCUGUCACGCCACUUUCUACCAUGCUUUGAUCACGUGCUGCAAUGUAUCCCGAGCGGAAUACAUUGUUUAAUGUAUCACGAUCGGGAUACAUUUGAUUUUAGUCAAGGCCACGUGACCAAGAAUCAACCAAUGGCAGUCCCUGUUUAGUUGAGUGAAAUUCUAGGAAUAUACCAAUAAACAAUGUAUUCCGCUCGGGAUACAUUGCAGCACGUGAUCAAAGCAUGGUAGAAAGUGGCGUGACAGAAGGCGGGAAAAACACCGCCAGGUCAUGCCGGUUUUCUUUUUCGUGAAUGAACACAACAACACAAUCACGAAGCCUCAAGCUAAAAAGCAACGAUUUUUAAAGUUAUCCCAGAAGAUCCCAGAAGAAAAGCAGCAGCUAGUGGAGGAAAAAGAUGCAGAUGAUAUAAGGAAAGUACUUUUGUUUGUAAAUCAUUCAUUCAGUGGUUUUGAGAAAUAAAUUUGUGUUGUUAUAAGUACCGAGUCGACUGUUUUGGUUCGUUUUCGUUCGCUCCGGUUAUUCUUUUGUUGCUGUUGAAGUGAAAGUUCUAGAAAUAUAACAAAACACUUAAUGUCAGAUCCCUCGGGAAACCAGUUAGUUUUGUUUUCCCUCGAGUCCUGAUGUUUCCCUCGACUUCGUCUCGGGAAACAUCAGGACUCUCGGGAAAACAAAACUAACUGUUUCCCUUGGGAUCUGACAUUAAGUGUAUAGUGUCUAUCCUCGGGGAAGACUUGUAUUGGGGCCUAACUUUGUUGGGCUUGCUUUACCAGGCUAAUAUGGCUAACUGUUAGAAAUCUAAUUUCUAAAAAAUUGUACACUUUAUCUUAAAUUUAAACAGACCUUCUGUGGACCGCACCAGAGCAUAUCAAUAUAGCCAAGGUUGAGCGAGAGGGUUUUUCACAGAAAGCUGACGUGUACAGUUAUGGAAUACUCUUGCAGGAGAUGGCUACUCGUUCAGAGCCGUUCAGCGGAUGUCAGCUGGAACCCAAAGGUUCGAGGGUUAAAUUAAGCUUUCAGGCGGGCAGCUGACUCGUCCCCAGUCGUCUCUCUCUGUCUCUCCUUAGUGGCGCCAGGGGUGUGAUGGGAAGGAGGAAAGCAAGGGAGAGAGACGUCCUUCCUUUUCCCUUCCCAUCACCCCCUGCUCCCGCCGCGCGCGUUACGCGAAGACAGGGCGGGCAGGUUUAUUUUGCGGAUGCCGCUGACGGAUCUUCGUCGUUUGCAACCACUCUGUCAGGAGAGCGACACACUAAAAAACUCUCAGCUUUGAGCUAGGUUUUGAUUACGUGCUAUGCAAAGUUGUUAUCAAACCAGAACGAAGCCGCCCCGUCCCUCACUCCCCAAUAAAUGUUCCUUUGUCUAAAAAACAGUUGUACGAUUCUAACUCAAAGUCAAAUCUCAGCCUCGUAGUCGCGAAUCUUAAGGUCCCUAUUAUUUGCUCAGACCACCACUCUACACAAUAUAUCGCUGUAAUUUUUUUACACAGAAAUCAUUCAUAGGGUAGUUAUGCAUGAAGACCCGCCAUUUCGCCCUAACAUUCCUUGCAUUGAGAUAAAGCCAGAGUAUAUUGAUCUGAUGGUGGAUUGCUGGAAUGAUGACCCAGAGGAACGACCACACUUUUAUCGAAUUGUGGAGAGGCUCAAGAAAAUCAGUGGCAGGUAAGGUUUUAGUCUUAUCGUAUUUGAGGCACACAAUAAUGGUUGAUAGAGAUCUGGGUUUUGCUUCUCCAUAAGGAGAAAUAUUUGAUUGGAUCCUGUAAAUUAAAUUUCGCCAUCGAUCCCUUGCACCGAGAUUACACAUGAACCACAUUAUCAGCAGCUAGACGAGUCAGCGUCGGCUAUACACUAUUACGAGCCCAUAACCCGGGAGCAAGCAACUUUCAUGUACCCGCAUAAUGGUGCACGUCUUUUCACAAAUUAGUUUCUUUUUAGAACGACUUUUGCUUGAAUUAAAAAUAUAUCUUGUAAGUCUCCCAACCCAGUCAUUUAAACCCUCAGACCUGAAAAUGGUAGUUUUGAACUUUUAAUGACGUGUAGGUUUCUUUUUUCCUCUUACUCUUCCAACGGGCACAUAGACGGAGCGGAGCAUUUAUUUCCGCUGGAAAAAGUGCCACAAAAUGUUUCUAAGAUAACACCAGUCCAUGAAAACGCCGCGACAUAGGUCUUAUAUGGACGUUGCUCACCCCGGUUUAAGAACUGAAGGCAUUAUUAUGUGUUCCCCUCAUACCGAUCGAGUAAGGAGCCAAACCAAAUAGAAGAAGAGAAAAAAAGAAAAAAAAAGGUGUAAGUUUUACUCUCUUGCAACCAGUUGCUGAAUUACGGAGCUAGGGACCAGAGAGGUGAGACCGAACGUCGUAUGGGGCCUGUGCAUUCCUUUCCAGACUAGAUAGCCUGGCAGCUGUCAGCCAAAAAAAACAAUAAAUACUUGUCAUGUCGAAAAUCGUAGGGUUAACCUAUCACUAAAUGGAAAUCAUUUAUGGUUCUUUUCUUCUUGUUUUUUAGGGGAUCAAACAUCAUCGAGAACAUGGUUACUAUGAUGGAGAAACAUGCUAAUCAUCUUGAACAGCUAGUAGAGGAAAGGACCAGGCAGUUAAACGAGGAGAAAGAAAAGACCGAGAAAAUCCUCUGCCGAUUACUGCCACCGUACGUAUUAAACUUACUAAACCCCUCGUCAGGGGCGGAUCCAGGAUUUUUUUUUAGGAGGGGGUGCACUCGUCUCUUGCUCUACUUCAACACCAAUAACCCACAGAUUCGAGGACGAGGAAGACUACAUGUAGGCGACGAGAUGUUUUCAAUACUAAGUAGUGCGGGGGCGUGAACCAGCGUCAUUUCGACGGGAAAACGUGAUAGUCGUCGUCAUUCCUACUACGACUUUUAGUGAGAAUUUCGCAAUGGCGGAAGCAAGUAAUGUGGCUUUUGCGAUAGGAGCGAGAGUACCGAACCAAAAACAACAUUUUUAUGAAAAAAAUAACGUAACAUACCCUCGUCGAUUCUACAUUCCGGAGAAAUGAAUAAAUUUUUUGAUAUUAGUACUACACGUAAUCAAGAGAAAAUGAGCCUUUUUUGACUUCGUACAUCUCUUUCUCUGUAUAGAAUAUUUACCAUCGGCUCCCAAUCACGGUUUUACUCUUGGUCUCCGAAAGACCAAAUAAUCCGUACCUUUAUAAAUAUAGCAAAAACGUCGUUUUGUCCCUUUCCUGGACCUUUAAGAAAGUUUUUAUGGUAAAUCCCUUAUUAAGGCGAGACCUUUGUUUAAUUUCAGUUUGGUACUAGAACAGUUGAAAAGCCAUAAUUCCGUGCAGGCUGAAGAAUUUGAAGAAGUCACCAUAUUUUUCAGCGAUAUCGUUGGCUUUACGAAACUUGCUUCUGUCAGCACACCAUUGCAGGUAACUAGUUUAAAGAACAAACUACAAUCAUGGAAAAAGCUAGUCUCGGGAAAAAUUUGUAGACUCUUUCCUAACCUCUUGCCCACACAAACAACGUUGGAAGUGUGUAUUACGAAUUUUCCCGCGUUUCAACAUGGUAUAGGGUUGGUGGAGGGAGGACUGCAAGGCAUUUUUGAUAAGAUUGCUAGCACUCGUUUUAUGAGAGCAACCAGAAGUUACAGACUGAGUUAUGAAUACUGCAUCACUGUCCAACGACUUUGUUCAACAUUUCGUAGACCCUAAAACUUGAAUUAUUCAUUUCUAAUAGAGACUGAUGUCCACAUAGAGGUUGAUAUUUGGGGAACAUGCAGAUUAUUUCUGUAGUUAUCAUUACAACAAAUUUAAGAUUUCCUCUUUUUGAGAGGGGACCACCUUUGUCACGCACCACCGAAUUAUUCGAACGAGCUGCUUCGCAGAGGAGUGAUUCACCCUCCGUUAUCUAAAGAUCCAGAGUGCGGAUCCAGCCAGAAUUUGUCCCCACAAACUACAACUCGGCAUAGCUGCGUUUUAUCUUAAUGUAGACUUUUUAAGGCAACAAUUUCUUUUUCUUCUGUUCUCCUGGCAGUUCAUUCACUUAAUUAAUGGAGAAAUUUAGAAUGGAAAACGUUAAUUCGUACCACAUGAAAAAGUUUUCUCGUUAUUUUUCGUCCAUUUUCUUAUUUCUACACACAAAUAAAUACAGUUUCAUGUUAGGUUUAUCCACGAGACUUACUUUGCAACGUUUUUAACUGUUUAUUUCCUUUUUCAAUUGAGAAAUCGUCAUGUAGAAUCUUACGUUUGUUGUUUGCCAUAAACUGUUCUAAAUCUCUCCAUUGUUUCACUUUGCAGAUUGUGGACUUUUUAAACGAUUUAUACGUGGCCUUCGAUGAGAUCAUUUGCCGCUUCGAUGUUUACAAGGUACCGGAAAUCUAAUGCUCGAUUCUAGCUGAAUAAAGUAAAAAAGACGCCGUUUUUAACUGGAAAUCACAGUGACCUGUCUUCCUCGCGUCAUAUCAGCCUCAGUAGAUUAUUUAUUGCCUAGUCCCUAGGGCUCAUUAUUCCGCGCGGCCAAUUUGUUUCGGGUCGCCCGUUCGCCUCGGAUACGUCAUCGAAGUGAAUUGACCGAGAAGGCCUGGGAAAUCACCGUACAGGGACUAGGCAAGGUUAAUUUCUGUUCUCAUCUAUCAGUGUCUUUAGCAAGGGCCUGAACUCCUAGCUCAGAUAAUAAUCAUUCACAACCAAAUGAAAGCGGAAGUCUCUUCUCAUUAUCAUUAUCACAAUCUUCCUUUCUUGAUUGGAGCCUUUUUAAAAAAAUUCUUUUAAAAGAAAAAAAUUUUUAUUAUCCGAAUUCUGUUUUUCCAUGUGAACCUCGGCUCCGGUAUGCUGUCCCUCAGAACGGUCAGCCUACACAGGUUAAUGUCCCUUUUAGUUUUUCGAAGAUCAAUAGAUCAGUCAUUUACGACGUCGACGCAUAUCAUAGCCGGAUCCAAUCACUAAGUUGCGUAUUGCCUGGGACUCUGAACAGUCAUCAAAUUUCGUUAAACACUAAUUAUAAACGAAAACUGAGUAUCUUUCCAGUGUCACACGCAGUCUCAACCAACUAAUCAAACUUCCCGAUUUGUGUACUUUUUCUCUCCAUCCCAAAAGUUGCGACUCUCGUUCUUUAAUACUUGAAUCAAUAUUCUCGGCUAGAUGGCUUUCACAGAGCUCGUAAAAUCUUAUUUCAGAGCCGAGUUUGAGUAAACCCAAUAAUGGUUUGAAAUUUUUUAUCAGGUGGAGACAGUCGGCGAUGCGUACGUAGUUGUCAGCGGUUGCCCCAUGUUGAAUGGUAUCAAGCAUGCUGGUGAGAUAGCAAGUAUGGCUCUGGAGCUUCUUAGUCACAUGGCGGUGUUUCGUGUACGUCAUCUGCCAGAACAUCAACUGCAGCUGCGUAUUGGCAUACACACGGGUAAGCAACCUCGUCCCAAACUCCUCUCUCUUCAUUUCGACCCCGGCAAAUACUAAUGAGCCUCUAUGGUGUGAGUCAUGAGAUCAGGAGAAAACUUUUCCUCACUUAUGUAGAAAAAUUAUCAAAUACUUAUUUUGUUUAACUGAAUUUUUACCAGCCAGACUUUGGCGGAGAAUACUGCUGACUAUAGUGACUAAGGUGAAGAUCAUCAUUCAUACAUUGCUUGUAUAAAAUAGUGUCCAAAUAUUUGGUUGGGCCCUUAUUCUAGAUGAACUAGAUUCUGAUCUUUCUUCUUGUUAAAGGACUCGUUUAGUUAUUGUUUUGAAAGCAACUGAUAAUCAAUACUUUCCUAAACUACAAGAAAAGGAAACAGAACGUAUUAUAAAUCCCAGCCUAGUCUAUAAGACGCGGCUCUGAGAACGUAUGCUAUUUCGUUUGAUUCCACUCUGUACCAAGAGUACCCCAUGUGGCCCUAAUAACGAACAAUGAUUUAUUAAUCUGGGAUAUCGCUGUCCUUUGCAAUAUUGUGAUUGCAGGCCCAGUGGUGGCAGCGGUUGUCGGUGUGACAAUGCCACGCUUCUGUCUUUACGGUCAUACUGUUAACAUCGCUUCCAAAUUGGAGAGCACCAGCAUGCGUAAGUACUGCUUGCAACAGAAACGCUAUGAUGUUGAAGAUUUAUACCAAGCGUUAGAGAGAAAGUGUAGAGCUUAGCUCCGGGCGCUCCAUAUUCGGCCAUAGAAGUGGUCUUGAGGUGAAUUGAUUUAGAGUUGAAAGGAAGAAAUUAAUGCAAAAAUUUUCGGCUAAUCACACAACAAUCAUGAAAAACCAAAUAAAUGAUCCAAGAAAUUUAAAUCAACAAAAUGAGCUGAAUUUUGUUAUCCUUUUCAAUUAAAAACGCUUUGAUUUCUAUUCUCAAUUUUUUCUCUUUCUGAGAAACUCUUAACUCAAAGGAAAUUAUCGUCAACAAAAACGGCUCUUUUCACAUUUUUUUUAACGCGCGAGAUCCCGUUUUUAGACUUCUACUGUAGCCAGCUAUAUUUCAUGUUUUUUUUGUUUUUCUCCUGUAGCUUUGAGAAUUCACGUCAGUAAUGAAUCGCAUGCAAGGUUGGUAGAACUUGGAGGGUUUUACUUCGAGGAAAGAGGACAGGUUCAAAUCAAGGUAACAUUGAGGGUUAACCCUUUCUAGGCCUUGCGAUCACUAGCCUUGCGAUCACUAGCAAGACAUCAGUGUCGUUAUUAGCUAAUCAUUUUUACUAAAUUUCCCUCUUCUAGUGUUAGUGAAAGCACAGAUAUGGGUUUAAGGCUACCAAAAUAUAAAUUAAAGUUUCAAGGAGUUUUCAAAGACAUAUUUACACCCUUCAAGCAGGUUUAAUUUCCGAUAACUUAUCGAAACUUUAUUGUAACAACGGAAAUAAUGAUGACCUGCUAAAAUUAGCUUUAUGUUUUGUUUUGCUUCCUGACAGAGGCAGGGCCUGGUGACUACUUACUGGUUGGUUGGCAAGGAAGGUUUUGACAAAGUCUUACCUGACCCACCACUGGACGGUGGUGAAUUGACCAUGUUUGAAACAUUGGAUGUUUAUUAUGCCAGCUAA